UCACACCUUCUCUCUCCUCUCCUUCUCCUUCUUUCUCUCCUUCCCUCUCCUCUCUCACCUUCUCUCUCCUCUCCUCUCUCUCUCCUUCCCUCUCCUCUCUCACCUUCUCUCUCCUCACCGUCUCUCCUCUCCUCUCUUCUCCUUCCCUCUCCUCUCUCACCUUCUCUCUCCUCUCCUUCUCUCUCCUCACCGUCUCUCCUCUCCUUCCCUCUCCUCUCUCCUCUCCUCUUCUUCCCUCUCCUCUCUUACCUUCUCUCUCCUCUCCUUCUCCCUCCUCACCAUCUCUCCUCUCUCUAUCUGUGUGUGUGUGAGUCUCCUCUGCUGCUCUCUUGCCCUUUGAUCUUUCUCCAUUAUUGGUUGUACACACACACACACACACACACACUGCACAGAGAGAGAGAGAGAGAGAGCAGAGCCGCGGGAAGCAGCAGGCACGGCCACUGCCCCGGUCAGUGCUCGCGACAGUCCCCGGAUCUACCCUACUAACCAACGAGGACACUCUACACGGGAGUCCCGUUUCGUUCCAACGAAGAUAAGGAUACACGUUUCACCCCACAGACCUGAGAAGAAGAAUGUAAAAAAAAAGAGAAGGAAAAUGCCUCGGAAAAAGCAAGACCAACCGCAGCGCUUAGGGCUACAAUCACGUAAGUGUAUUCGGUAAUACUGCUUUCUGCUCUGUUCAGUGGAGCGGUAACCAGGGGCGGAGAGGUGAAACGGGGAAGGGAUACGGUAGCACGAGAGGGAGAUGAGCGGUGGAAUAUCGUAGCCUGAGAGGUCUGGAUCUACUGCACCUCGGCAGCUCGCGGGCGGCAGCCAUGUUGUGAACCGAGAGAGCUGGAGCGGGUAUGCAAGCCGUGACCGCAAGCCUUGACCGCGGGGCCGGUGGAUCAAUAACGGGAUGGGGAUAAGGCCCCAGCAGCAGACACAGUAGAAGAAGAGAUGAGUUGUGAUGCAGAGGAAAGAACACCCAUCUCCUCCCCCAAACCUCCCCCAUCCCUGACCCCUACGCCCACCUCCUCCCCCAAACCUCCCCCAUCCCUGACCCCUACACCCACCUCCUCCUCCAUCCCUCUGACCUCCAACCCACUGGACCACACCGUUACACCAACACCCACCUCCUCCUCCAUCCUUCUGACCUCCAACCCACUGGACCACACCGUUACACCAACACCCACCUCCUCCUCCAUCCCUCUGACCUCCAACCCACUGGACCACACCGUUACACCAACACCCACCUCCUCCUCCAUCCCUCUGACCUCCAACCCACUGGACCACAACGCUACACCAACACCCACCUCCUCCUCCAUCCCUCUGACCUCCAACCCACUGGACCACAACGCUACACCAACACCCACCUCCUCUUCCAUGGUCGUCCAGGAUCGAGGCCCGGGUCUGGGGUUAGGCCAUGAUCUCAGCCAGGACACCAUGGAUAACCCUCUGGAUAAGGACCUGUCCCUCUCCUCCAUCCUGGCCCUGCUGUGUGGGGGGAACCCUCUCCAAGGCCUGGGUAGAGAGCUAGCUUCCAGCCCACCCUGUGCCCUGGAGCCUGGGGUUACGACCCUGGGAGGAGAGGGAAGGAUGAAGGGAGGAAGGAGAGAAGGAGGAGAAGGAGGAGGAGGAGGAGGAAGAGAGGGAGACUCUUCUCCGCUGGGUUUACUCCCAGAUGUCCCUCCUCUCUCCCAGCAUUCUUUGCAGCUCAGCGCCCUGGCCCAGAGAGUAGCCAAGACCUCCUCCUCCUCCUCCUUUUCUUUCACCCUCUCCUCCUCCUCCUCUCCUGCUGCUGUCUCCUCUAAUCAGCAGGUGUCUGGGUGUUCCUCCAGGGACUUCCAUGGGAGGCCGGCAGGGCUGGAUGUGUGGCCCAGCCUCGGGUGCUCCUGGGUGGGUAAAGAGGGCCGCCUCUCCCCUGAUUCUGCCAUCCAGAGGCUGAGAGCAGCAGCAGCCAAUGCUGUGCUACACAACAGGCCCACGGCACCCUCCUCCUCUUCCUCUCUCUCUUCCUCCUUUAUCCCCUCCUCCUCUUCCUCUCUCUCUUCCUCCUUCAUCCCCUCCUCCUCUCCCUCCCUCUCUUCCUCCUUCAUCCCCUCCUCCUCUUCCUCCCUCUCUUCCUCCUUUAUCUCCUCCUCCUCCUCUCCCUCCCUCUCUUCCUCCUUUAUCCCCUCCUCCUCCUCUCCCUCUCUCUCUUCCUCCUUCAUCCCCUCCUCCUCCUCUCCCUCCCUCUCGUCCUCCUUUGUCCACUCCUCCUCUCCCUCUCUCUCCUCCUCUAUAGCUGCAGGAGGUGCAGGGUUGCAGGAGGGCUUGUGUCUGACCCUGGACUCCUUUCCCAGCCCCCUCUCCGCUCCCUCUUCCUCCGCAAGCUCCACCCUCACUGCCCUGUCCCAGAAGGUCAACCUGCGAGGUCAGGGUUCUAAGGUCACCGGGUCAGAGGUGACAGGCUCAGGCCAGCAGCGCUCUACCUCCCCCUACUCCUUCCUCUCCUUCCACUCCCCCGAUCCUCAGUCUCAAUUCACAGAACAGAGCUCCUCCAGGGUAGUUGAGAACCAGAGGGGGCCAGAGCCUAGCCCCAUGGAGGAGAACCAAACCCGGGCAGAGAACCAGGGCUCAGCCCCUCCUCAGCCCCAGGUGGAGAUGCCCAGCCUGCAUCCAUUACUGAUCACCAACCCCCUGGGAGAGAUCAACCCUGGAGGACCAGCAGGUGUAUUCCAGUGUUCCGUGUGCGGUCUGCGGAUGAAGAGGAAGAGCUAUUGGAGGAGACACAUGUCGGUUCACACAGGGGUAAAGAGUCAACAGUGUCAGCUCUGUCCCUUCCGCUGCGCACGCAAGGACAACCUGACCGCGCACAUGAAGGUUCACAGGCAGCAGGAGAAAGGGGAAGACUUUCAGUGUGACCUUUGCCCUUUCACCUCACUCCGCCUCUUCAGCCUGAAGCUGCACAUGAGACGCCACCAGAGAACUAACCCCGGAGACACACACACUCUCACACAGGGAACACACACAGAGAGAGGCCGCGAGGGGAAGGAGGAAAGAGAGACAGAGGAGGAGAGGGAGAAGGAGGGAGAGAUGAAGAACGAGGAAGAUAGAGAGGGAAAGAGCCAUUCCCCUGAGCAGGCCGUGUUGAAGCCUGGGUGUAGAGUACAGCUCUCCCCCAGACCCCUCGACACUGCUCUCUGCUACUCCUCCAGUCAAACUCCUCUGUACCCUGCCACUGUGAAGCAAGAAGCCCUGGAGGUAGAGAGGGAGGGAGAGGGGCAGGGAGAGAGAGAGGCAGAGAGGAAGGAAGAGAGGCAGGGUGAGAGAGCGGGAGAAAGGGAGGGAGAGAGAGAAAAGGGGAGAGAUAAAGAAGUCCGUGUGAAAGAGGAGCCUCAAGAGAGGGAGUUCUCAACCCCUCUCGUCUCUCACCAUCGAACCCCCCUCCACCCUUCUCUCACCCUCAAGAGGAACAAGCGCAAGGUUAAUACCCCCCUGAGUCCCCCUCUCCACCCCAACGCAGAACACACACACCAAACACACACACACACAGCCCCCUCACACACACACCCCUCACACACACACACACACCCCUCACACACACACAGACACCCCUCACACACACACACACCCCCACACACACAUUAUGAUUCCCAUGGCGACCUCUCUCUUCAGCCCUGACAUCAACACUAAGACCGCCUCCGACCUGCUCAUCAAACUCUCAGCAGCCACCCAGCAGGCCGGGGUAGAGCCGGGGGCUGUGGUGAAGCAGGAGCCCCAGGAGGAGGACCUGAGCCCUGGGCAGCAGCAGCAGGCAGGUGAGCCUGGUCUGGCUCUCUCUCCAGACGGGCCUGGGGCUAGUCCUGAGCCCCCC